UACAGGAGGCGAUCUUCUUCAAUACAGUGUCUAGCUACUUUUUCUCUCGAAUCAACUACCGCCAUGUCUAAGAACAGUGCCAUCACCGUGUUCGGUGGGGCGGGGGGAAGAGGUUCCAGAAUGUCCGUUGCUAGUCUGGAGGGGCUGCGGAGUGCGAUGCGUUCAUCCGACCCUGAGAAUUCUAAGGAUUCCUCUCAGCCCCUCCGGAACGCCCCGGAUGAUAAGAAGGAAAUGAAGGGUCUCAACGACCGUCUGUCUGGGUAUCUGGGUCGGGUAAGGAAGCUGGAGAAAGACAACAAAGACCUGGAGGACGAGAUUCAGGACAUCUUAGACAAGAGAGGAGACCCGAACGCUCGUGACUGGGAUGAGGUGGAGAAACCGUUGUCUGACCUCAGAAAGAAGCUCCAUCGUAUGACCUUGGAAAAUGCACGUUUGUUGCAGCAAAGGGACAACUCCAAAUUGGCCCAUGAUGACUUUAAAAAUAAGCUCGAAAAUGAAAUAAAGACCAGGAAAAGUUUGAAGCACGAUCUGAUUGGUCUAAAGAAGAUGGUUGAUGACACCAACCUGAACCGCAUGCAGCUGGAGAGCCAGAUUAAAUCUGUAAAGGAAGAGCUGGAUGUUCUCAAGCAGGACCAUAAGGAUGAGGUCGAUAAACUGUGUCAGAAGAUCCAUAACUCCAACAUCACUGUGGAGUUUGACUCCAGGGACAGCAACCUCGGUGAGAGCCUCAAGAGGAUGCGUGCCCAGUAUGAGAAACUGGUAGAGAAGAACCUCAAGGACACCGACGCCUGGUAUCAAAGAAAGUUUGAAAGCAUCAAGGUAGAGGUGGUUCAGAACACUGAGGCUGUGGAGUUGAGCAGGAAUGAGCUCAAAGAGCUGCGCAAACAGAAACAGCGUCUGGAGAUCGACAUUCAGGCUAUGCUGAGAACGAUCAGCUCUCUGGAGGAAACUCGGCAGGAAAAAAAUGCCCGGUACAGCCAUGAGAUGACCCGUGUCAAUAAGAUCCUGCUGCAGUUGGAGGCAGAACUGGGAAAAGUUAAGACGCAGGUGGAGAAGCAGGUGGAUGACUACCAAGAGCUACUUCACGUCAAGAUGAAGCUUGAAGCCGAGAUCGAGAACUACCGCCGUCUGAUUCAAGGCAUCGCCCCUGACGACAGCCUGGAGUUUUCAUUAGCACAACCAGUGAAUCGUGGAUUGUAAGACCUGAUCCUACUGACCUCCCCGAGAAAUAUGAAGCAACAGCAAGUCAAGAGAUCAACCUCACAUAGGACAUUACCCCAUGAAGUCCCCAUUAUGGCAUUGAAAGGUAGCUGUAGGUAAGGCAGCGGUCUGAACAGUGGUCGAGAAGCAGAAGUCCCAACAACUCCGCCCCACAACCCUCUCCUUUUCCACCUGAACACACAUUCAUCUUUUUAUCUAUUCAUGUUUGAAAUCUUCAACAAUGUUGUGCACUGUGUGA